UGCAUCAGUUGGUGUUAACAAUCAAACAAUGGCAGACGACAGAGAGGUGUCUGGAUGCAGACGUGGCAGUACGGAAGAAACUACAUGGGAACAGCAGGAAUCAGUGCUGUCAGAUCAUUCCGGACACUCUGCCGACAUGACACCAGAGGAAGUUGAAUAUAGCACGCGCGAGGCCAAGAUUGGUACCGUCGAAUUGUUCAGUGUCCCUAUAGUCUGUCUCCUCAUAGAAGACAAAGAACGCCUCUGUCUGGCACAGAUCUCUAACACCCUCCUAAGGGACUUCAGUUACAACGAGAUUCACAACCGCCGGGUAGCUCUUGGUAUCACGUGUCUACAGUGUACCCCUGUCCAACUUGAGAUUCUCCGCCGCACUGGAGCCAUGCCGGUGUCAUCCAGGCGAUGUGGACUCAUCACCAAACGAGAAGCAGAGCGAUUGGUCAAAUCCUUUUUAGAAGAAAUUCCGCCGCCUAGACUCCCGGACAAUUUCUCGUUUAACGUGUACCACAGCUGUGGCUGGGGGUGCCAAGGUCAGUUCAUUCCGUCACGAUAUAACAGUUCGAGAGCAAAAUGCAUCAAGUGUGCUUUUUGCAAUGCCUACUUUUCUCCCAACAAAUUUAUCUUUCAUUACCACAAGUCCCCGAAUUCAACGUAUAGACAUCCUGAUGCUGCAAAUUUCAAUUCUUGGAGACGUCAUUUGCUGCUUACCGAUCCGGAUCCAACUGAGAAACUGCUGCAUUCAUGGGAAGACGUGAAGUCAAUGUUCAACGGAGGAUGUCGCAAGAAGAUGUCUACAUGCAGCACGAAACUACCUGGUCAUUCUGUGAAGCCUUACAAAAUCGACCAAAGCUAUAGCCCUUCGUCUCUAUCAUCAAUGGCACGUUAUGAAGGAACAAGCCAUGGCCCCAUGAAGGUUCCAGAGAGAGCACAUCCCGCCUUUAACUUAGGCAGUCAGAGUGGCACAUCUAGUAUUGGGUCGUACGGGGAGAUGCUAAGAUCAUUCAGUAUGCAUUAUAAUCCUUGGUGGAAACCCUGGUAUGUUCCUAACAGCCAGGUAGUACCUGUCGAUAACAGCAAUUUCAUGCUACCGUUUAAUAUGCAGGAAAACCGUGAUGUGUAUCCAAACACAGAUGAACUGAAGGGAAGGAAACCGAGAUUGUUACCGACACCAACAGAAUCAGCGACCAGCAGUGCAUGCGCGACGGAGAAAAGAUCUGUUCACACCGAUGCGUUCAACAUAGCAUCUAUCAUCGGUAACAAGAAACCAGAGUUAACCUAUGACCACGACUGGAAGUACCCCGUCUCAGCGCACGAGGACACUCGUUACGAUGCUAGAUCCCCCACUGGAUACGACAAGUUAGAACGGAAGAGGAAGGGAGAUAACCCACAUCGUAUUGACUUAGAACACAAUAGGAGUUAUGCUUCCAAAGGUAUAGAUGAAUGCAUAAGGACCAAGAGUAUGAAGACAGUUCCUCAGGUAACCGACACGGAAACUGUAAAGCCUGCAGAUGGGAAAGAGGAAGACGUUGACGUUCUAUCCUUGGAUGAAAAGGAAAUGGUAUCUUUUACUAUGGACCAGCUGCAGUCUAUACUAACCCAUGCCAAGGACAUGCGAAAAAACACAACGGCUGGUAAGAAAGCUGAGGCUACAGUGACCACAGAUGAAAUGGAAGCGACUAAAUCACGCCCACCCACCGCGGAACGUAGGUAGAUGUUGAUCAGGAAGGAAUUAACAAAUGUUGUAGAGAGCUCGAGCGUACCUUCGAGAAAUACCAAGUCCGACAAAGCGGAUUUACAACAGAUGGAUACCAUGGAUGUUUUAGGUAUCACCCUUUUCACGAAGGAAUACGAACCAGAGUAUUUGCAUUUAAUGGAAUUAAGUUAAGCUCUACCUGCAGUGAGAAUCAUUUGUUUAUUAUAUUUCGUGUAAAUACUUGGUUUUAGAUUAUCCUUUAUAAUAGUUACUUAGCCACUCUUCAUAUUGUUAAUGAUCUCAUAUUCCCAACAUUAAAAUUUAGCAAUUGCGAGUCAAUCUAAAUUGUUUAGGAUAUACAUAUAUGUUGCAUACUUAUUAAAAUAUAUCAUUUUCAGAACUAUGUGUAGACUUCACUGUAGUAUACUAAAUAUGUAUAUGCAGCGUUUAUGCUUCUGUUAAAUAGAUGAAAGAUGUACCAGUUUGUUUCAUUGCCUUAUUUGAAUAUAACCUGUUAAUGGCAUUAAUAAGCAGCAUCCGUCGCGCCAACGAUACCAAGGGGAAUAACUCUUCUUCUCUUGAGGACAUUAUUUUAUCACCCUCUUGACUUUUACUUCAUCACAUUGUAAAUAUGGUUAGUAAUUAUCACAAAUAAUUCUACUAUUGUCAGAUAAUUAACCCUUUACCAACAUUUUGUUUUAAUGUUUAACUUAUUUAUUAAGCAUGAUUUUUUAUGAAUAAAUGAAUGAAUGAAAUUUAAAAAUACCAUGAUUAUUUAAUAGUAAUGACAGACUUGUAUCGCUGAAUCUUACUCAAGAUUUGAAAUGUGAUGAGAAAGGAAGAUACUGGCAAAAUAAUAAUAACAUUUGGCCUGCUCGGUUUUCAUAGUCCGCCAGUUUUAUUUUAUUCCAGUCGAGUAGCGUGUUUUGGCCUGUCUACCUAUAGGUCACUUUCUCCUUGCACAGUUAAACUUGGUUUUAAAUUUAAUCGAAUUCCCAUCAGUAAUUCAAAAAUACAGAAUAUGGAAUAUUUUCUUAAAAUUUUACAAGAUUAAUCUGUUUGGAGUGAAAAUGAUUAAUUUUAGUGAAAUUUGAAAUUCAUUUAGUCACAAUACAGUGCUACAGGUUUACAUCAGAUGCUGAAAAAUCUGAAAAUUUGCGCAAAAUAUAUUUCUAUCUAUGUUUGACGGUAUAAAAUAAACUUAUCCUAUGCUGAAAUAUUAUAGCCCUUGUGUUCGAUUAAUGUCGUUGAACAUAUACUAGAAUCGUUUUUAAAUAAAUAUUUUGUUAUUUACGGCCGAAACAGUUCGUUGUUUGCUGUUGUUUAGUGUAAGUCUGUAUUAAUGUUGGUCACAAUGUUAAAGUGUUAAACUGGAAUUUAAAAAGAGAAUCUAA